GUUUCGGAUGAAGAGUUUGGUACAAAGUCCGUCAUCGUUGGAAUCAGGUUUUUAAAAUUUGUUAUUGCCGAAUAAUUGCACUGCGAUUAGAUUAGUCAGUCGGUCUGUCUACACGGACAGGACAGCUACGAAAUGCUACGAACUGGCAGCCAAUCUAUACUCGUGAGACUCUACAGCAGCAUGAAGGUGAAAAUUCCAGUGAAGCAGGGUAUUGUUGUGGGCCAGCAACAGAAGCUGCCCGGUGGCCUGGAGUACAACAGUUUCCUGGGUGUGCCAUAUGCGGAGCCACCUGUUGGUAAUCUUAGAUUUCGGAGCCCCGUGCCGCAAGAGCGCUUCGAGCAGCCAGAGCUGGACUGCAGCAAGGAGAGGAAUGUGUCGCACCAACGCGAUCCCUUCACCACAGAAGUGGCCGGCUCCGAGAACUGUCUCUUCCUCAAUGUGUAUGCCCCCAAGAGCAGAAGUUCAGCGUCGCCCUUGCCCGUCAUGGUGUGGAUUCACGGCGGCGGCUUCUUCUUUGGCAAUGGCAACAGCGACUUCCACUUUCCAGCCAAACUCAUGGAACAGGAUGUCAUUGUGGUCACCUUGAACUAUCGCCUGGGUGCCCUGGGAUUCCUGAGCUUGCCAGAGGAGGGCAUUUGGGGCAACAUGGGACUGAAGGAUCAGCGCAUGGCCCUGCAGUGGGUGCAGGAGAACAUUGCCAGCUUCAAUGGUGAUCCCAACAAUGUGACCCUCUUCGGCGAAAGCGCUGGAGGGUCGUCCGUGCACCUGCAUACGUAUGCGCGGCAUGCCCACAAACUAUUCCACAAGGCCAUCAUGCAGAGCGGAACGGGCAACAUGGAAUGGGUGUUUCAACAAGAUGCGGCAUACAAGACCCGUCGUCUGGCAGAGCUAUUGGGCGGCGGCGAUUUCGGGAGCAACACAAAGGACCUUUUGGCGUUCCUUCUGUCUGAGAAGGUGAAACCCAUCGGUAUUUUGGCCAAUACGAUGAAAGUUCUGACCGCGGAUGAGCGGCGUCGUCACCUGCCGUUCGCCUUCAAGCCUGUGGUCGAGGACGCCAGCAGUCCAGAUAGUUUCAUCGAUCAGAACAUUUUGGAUCUGAUGCACAAGAAGGACCAUGUGGGCAAAAUGCCCAUGAUCAUGGGCUAUAACUCUGCGGAAGGACUGGCAAUGAUUGUGCGGGCCAAGUCGAAACUGGAGGAGUACGAGCAGGAUCUGGCGCGAACGGUGCCGCGUGAUCUGGUGCCGGACCCACAGGCCCCAGAGGCUCAGCAAGCGGCUGCUGACAUCCGAAACUUCUACUUCAACGGCCAGGCAUUGGUCGAGCAGCAUCUUGAUAGUAUGGUGGAUCUGUUCAGUGAUUAUCACUUCAGCAUGGAUCUGCAAAAUGCCGUGGAGAUUCAUGCCAACUGUCAGACGCAGUCGCCAGUGUACUUCUAUCGGCUGGACUACGUUGGCGGUCGCAAUCUGUACAAACAAAUCUUCCAGAACGACAAUCUUCGGGGAGUGGCUCAUGCUGAUGAUAUUUGCUAUGUAUUCCAGACGGCAGGAGACGCGUCUCCGAUGGAAAAGGAGGAUGCGCUCGUCUCCGAGAGGAUUGCGCAGAUGUGGGCGAAUUUCGCGCGGCAUGGCAAACCAUCCGACAGUUGGACACCAGUACAAAAACCUCAGCCUGGCCAGGCCACCCAGCUGGACUGCCUACUCAUUGAUCGAGAGUGUAGAAUGCAAAAGAAUCCCGAUGCAGAACGCAUGGAUUUCUGGCGCAGCAUGUACAAGCGAUACAGCCCUCAGUGUUAUGUGAGAGCCAAGCUAUAAAUUGUAUUGAAUAGUUAUAAAUAGAGAAUUUUCUAAUUUUUCAA